UAUAUCACGUUGCUACUGCUUCAAAAACAACACGAAUUUAUUCUCUCUGCCUCUCACUCAUCCUGAGUUUACUGCUUCGAGCUUGGAUCUUCGAAUUUAAACUCUGAAAUCAUGGGCAAGGGUCCAGGUCUCUACUCCGAGAUUGGGAAAAGAGCUCGAGAUCUUUUGUACAAGGAUUACCAGAGUGACCAAAAGUUCACAAUCACCACUUACUCGCCUACUGGAGUUACUCUCACUUCAUCCGGUUGCAAGAAAGGCGAAGUUUUCUUGGCUGACAUUAACACUCAGCUGAAGCACAAAAAUAUCACCACUGAUGUCAAAGUUGACACAAGUUCAAAUCUCUCAACCACCAUCACAGUUGAUCAGCCUUGCCCUGGAGUGAAGACUAUCUUUAGCUUUAAAGUUCCUGAUCAAAGGUCUGGAAAGUUGGAACUUCAAUACUUGCAUGAUUAUGCGGGGAUAACCUCAAGUGUCGGGUUGACAGCUAACCCCACUGUGAACUUUUCCGCUGCUGUCGGCAAUGAUAAACUUGCCUUGGGCAGUGAUGUGGCUUUUGACACUAAGGAAGGAGCUUUAACUAAGUACAACAUCGGAGCUAGUUUCACGAAUUCUGAUCUGAUUGCUGCUCUGACACUGAAUGACAAGUUUGACACCUUGAGCGCAUCAUACUACCACAUAGUGAGCCCAUUGACCAACACUGCUGUUGGUGCUGAGGUGACUCACAGCUUCUCAAGCAACGAGAACACAAUCACUGUUGGGACACAACACGCGCUGGACCCAUUGACCCUUGCAAAGGCGCGUCUGAACAACUCUGGCAAGGCGAGUGGUCUGAUCCAGCACGAAUGGCGUCCCAAGUCGCUCAUCACUCUAUCAGCCGAGGUGGACACCAAGUCCAUCGACAAGAGUGCCAAGUUUGGGUUGGCUUUGGCCCUGAAGCCUUAAGUGGGAGAUUCAGUCCUUGUUGAAGAUUGGAUUUGAACUGAGGAGUUUUAGGUGCGAUGUGAUGGCUGAAAACCUGCUUAUUUUGGCGGCUUGUUUUGAUAGACUUCUAGCAAUAAUCUAGGCUUCAGCUUACUUUUCCCAAGUUUCUAUUUCUAUCACUUAACAUGUGUUGGAACAUUUAUCCUUUCUCAUCGCAUUUCCCUCAAGUUUUCUGCAGUCAA